AUGGUUGAAAACGAACGAAGGUAAAGUUAUUUAAGGUUUAAAUAAAUAUAGCACUCAUUUAAACAUUCUCAUUAUUAUUAUUAUUUUAGUUCUACGUGCAACAUCAGGCCACACACAGAUAAUGAAGAUGAGGAUAUCGAUGAUGCUAAAAGUAGUUCAGUCUCACCGCUGCAGGGUGAAGAUUCUUUCGUAAUCAAACGUUUUAAAAAAGAAAAGCUAUCAGAUAUUUUAACAAAAAGGGCUGAAGAAAGGAGCAAGAUUAUAAAAUUAAUUGAAGAACAAAAUCAGCAAGUUUUAAAUACAGAAAAAUAA